AUGUUUUAUGUAAAGAGAGAUCAAGGAUUGGCUAAUAAAUGUGAUUGUAUUGAUAAUUGUAACUUACCUGCUAGAAGAGGUGUGUUAUAUCAAGGAAAUUUAGCAUCAUCAUUUUUUGAUCAAAAAAUUAUUUAUAAUUAUGAUGGUAAGAAAGUUGAAUUAAAUGACAUUACAAUUUUAAAAGAUUGUGCUUCUAUUAAAAAUAUAUUCGAUCUUAAUGUAAUUAUAAUUGAUGGAAAGGAAUUUAUAAUAGUUUUAACUAUCAAUGCUUUCUUUAUUAUUCAUGAUGAUAUAAUUAUUAAAAAGAGUGUUUCUGAUUAUAAUUAUAUUGCACCUAAUAGAAAUGUUAUUCAUGAUUUUAUAAAGGAAAUGUCAUAUUCAAGUUUAUUUAUGUACUUUAAUAUUUAUUUUAGUUUAUCACCGGUUGGUAAAACAAGUGAAGUUGAAAUAGUUAACUUUUAUAAUUUAAAAGAGUCUAAUCAAAAGUUAACUGAUACUUUCUUACUUUUUCUUAAUAAUUUAAGACCCUUUCAAAAUGUUCUUUGUAAGGCUUAUAGAUUAUUAGAUGAUAAGGGAAAGAAUGAGGUAUUACAAUUUAUUAAUAUUGAAUUAUUAGAUUCUGAAUGUUUAUCUUUAAUUAUACAAUUUCAUUAUGAUCUCAUUGAAAUGUUAGUAUCAAAAUGUAUAAGAGAAAAUAGAUUAGACAUUUUAAAAGAUACUUAUGAUUAUUUUAAGAAUAUUGAAAAUGUUGAUGUUAUAAGACUUACACUUCUUAGAAAUAACAUUUUAUUUGAAAAGAUAGAAGGGUUUGAGGAUAUUUAUGAAAUGCAAAUGUACGAGGUUGAGGCAUCUAGAAAUUAUUUUAAUCCCCAAUCAACUGAUUUAUUUGAUAAUAAUUUCUUUAAAUAA